AUGUGUUUCUUUGAAGGCAAAAUGGCUGAAAACGCAACCGCCUCUCAACCUCCUCGUCUAGCCCCUUCUGAAAUGACAAGCAAGGACUAUUAUUUUGACUCUUAUGCUCAUUUCGGAAUUCAUGAGGAAAUGCUCAAAGAUGAAGUCCGUACGGUCACGUAUCGCAAUUCGAUAUAUCAUAACAAGCAUCUCUUCAAGGAUAGAAUAGUUAUGGAUGUGGGAUCCGGCACUGGUAUUCUUUCUAUGUUUGCUGCUCGUGCUGGAGCGAAGAAGGUUUAUGCUAUGGAGUUCUCUAAUAUGGCCGCUCAGUCUCGUCAAAUCAUCAAAGAUAACAACCUCGAAGAUGUCAUUACUGUCAUUCAAGCUAAAGUUGAGGAUGUCACCGAACUUCCUGAUGGCUGUGAAAAGGUAGAUGUAAUUAUAUCGGAAUGGAUGGGUUAUUGUCUCUUCUACGAGUCGAUGCUGAACACAGUGAUCUUUGCGCGGGAUAAAUGGUUGAAGGAAGGCGGAUUGAUAUUCCCGGACAAAGCAAAGUUGUAUUUGUGUGCGAUUGAGGAUCGACAAUACAAAGAAGACAAAAUCCACUGGUGGGAUAACGUUUACGGGUUCAAUAUGUCCGCCAUUCGGAAGGUAGCUAUUACCGAGCCGCUCGUUGACGUUGUCGACAAUGCACAAGUUGUAACCAACAAUUAUUGCAUUAAAGAGAUUGAUCUAUACACUGUGAAAGUUGAAGAUCUGACGUGGACUUCAGACUUCCAAUUGCGUUGUGCCAGGAACGAUUACGUACAAGCCCUCGUCACGUUCUUCACUGUCGAGUUCUCGAAAUGUCAUAAAAGAACGGGGUUCUCAACUGGUCCAGAUGUUCAAUAUACGCACUGGAAGCAAACCGUCUUCUACCUUAUGGAUGCACUCACUGUGAAGAAAGGUGAAGAAAUCACGGGCACGUUUUCCGUUACACCAAACGCAAGAAACGAACGCGAUCUCGACUUCAAAAUAAAGGUGAGCGUUUUAUUGAUGGAAGAAGGGAGUGCUUCUUUUAAUCUCGAGGGGAUACGUCUGCGAUGA